UUUUUUUGUCCUCCAUUUUCUCGCUUCCCACUGUCGCACUCCCAUUGAGGGCGUAACUAAAAAUAAAAACACAUUAAAAAAAGAAGAAGAAGAAGAAGAAGAGAAAUAAGGAAACUGAGAGCAGAAAAGCGCGAUGAGUGUGAGGACGACGUAUGCUCCUCAGAGGCUGGGGCGUCCCUGUUGCUCUCGGAGGGGCUAGGUUUAGGUCUAGGUUAGUGUUAGGGUUUCCGAGCCAUUCCAAUGGAUUCCCCCGACGCCGUCGCCAAGCCCUCCUCCGCCGCCGCCGCCGCCGAAUCGCCGCAGGUUAAGGACUCUCCUUUCUUAAACUUUGCUAGCACUUUGUCCCCCAUACAACCUGUCGAUACCAGGCCUGCUGCAUUUGUCGAUGUGAACUUCCCUUCGCCGGAACCUGUUUUCAAAACACCACACACUAAUCACCUAAGAAAGUUGGAUCUCUUGAGAAGAUGCGAGCAGCUCCCUUCUCCUUCUCAUAACCCUAAGUUGUUUUCAGAAGUUGUACCUCCCGUGUCAUCAUCUAUGGCUCAGCUUAAUACUUGCUGUGGAAAAGAAUGUGAAGGAGAUGAAUCUCUCCCGCAGGAUCGACCGUGUAGCAGUCCUUCAACUUGUGUCGAUGCAUUUCUUGUGGAGCCCUCAGAAGACUGUGAGAACCCGUCAGGUUCGCGAGAUGCCUCCCUGGAAGAAGCUUCAAAACUGUCUCAAAUUAACAAAAGUGAAGUUCAAAUAGAUUGUCGCCAAAAGGAUAGUGGUCCCGUAAGGGAUUUGUGUUCUAAUUCACCUAGUCUCCAUUUGGACCAAGAUUCUGGUGGUUUGCGAACUUCCCAGAGUGAGUCUAUUAGCACUAAGGAGAUUGAGAUGAAAAUUCCGGCUUCCACUACUAAGGAACUCAUGGUUGAGGAUGUAAAGUUUUCUUAUCAAGCUGAACAGCCAUUGGCGGGCCUAAAGAAAAGCUCAAAUGAAGAGCACUUGGGAAAACCUGAUAAACAAAAAGAAGUUAAAGUAAUACCACAUACUGAGGAGCUUCAGCCAGUGCUGAAGAAUGCUAUUAAAGGUGAUGGUUCAUCUGUGGAGCGGGGCGCAGCUACACUUAUUCAAGGCCAUAGAGCCCAAGAUGUUAAGCUGCACACUGGAAGUGGGCAGUGGGGUGAAUCGAGUUGUAACCCUCAAUUUCUGCCACAACCUAAUGAUGCUAGCCGAGUGGUUGACAGUUACAAUGACAGUUGUCUAGCAGUAUCCGUUGUAUCUGCUGAGAACCAGACUCUAUGGGAUCAGGAAGAUGGGGCUGCUCAAUGUCCACGUGGCAUGCGCAAACGCCUGCAGUUUGAGGCUGUUGAGAAUAAUCAGAAAUUGUCUUCAUGGCUCUACAGUGACCUUACAGACUCAACUGACGAUGUUUCCAAUGCAGAGUCACAACUUCAUUUGGACAAGCACUCUGUAAAUGCUUCUGAUGAAAUUCCCAUUGUAAAUUCUAGCAAAUCAGAGACUUUUCUGCAUAAAUCGUCAGCGAAUGUCAAUAGGGGCGGCCAAAAGAAAGCAACCACCGUCCGGAUGGUUCCUAGACCAUCUGGGAUUGGCUUACAUUUAAAUAGCGUUGCAAGCAUUGGAUUAAGUUCAGAAAAAUCCUUAACUAAUCCUGGUAUUGCAAGCAUUAAAGAGGAAAACCAAGAUAACCCAAUGCUUAAAUUACCAGAAAAUUCUUCUAGUUAUCAAUCUCCUCUGGAUGUGGAGCCCCUUCGUAGCUCCCAGCCGUCCAAAUGUACAGACAUCAUCGUGACCCCUAUAAAUGUAAAAAGUGUGCCCGCAAAAGAUGCUAGCAGAUCAGAAGAGUCAAGUAAAAUGAGCCCUAGAAAGAAGAGAUGUCUCAGGAAGAAGGCACCAGAGGAUGAGGGCCAUAAGCGCUGCAACUGUAAGCGGUCGAAAUGCCUUAAACUUUACUGCGACUGCUUUGCUGCUGGAGCAUUCUGUUCUGAAGCUUGUGCAUGCCUGGAGUGCUCCAAUAGAUCAGAAUAUCAAGACACCAUUCGUGAAGCUAAGCAACAGAUAGAGUCUCGAAACCCACUUGCAUUUGCUCCUAAGGUUGUGUUGCGAGUUACUCAACAAAACCAAGAAAAUGAAGAGAAUAAGGGGGUAACACCACCCUCAGCAAGACAUAAAAGGGGAUGCAAUUGCAAAAAGUCACUUUGUCUCAAAAAAUAUUGCGAAUGCUAUCAGGCUGGUGUUGGCUGUUCCUUUGGAUGCCGUUGCGAAGGUUGCAAGAAUACAUAUGGCAGAAAAGAUGGUUGCGGUGAGCUUAUAGAAAUUGAACACAAGAAGCCAGUGGAGAGAGAAGAGAAGGAUCUAUCUGCUGGGAAACUGAGAAGCACAGGAGUCAAUAUGGAAGUUAUAAACACUUCCCAACGCCUUUUACGCCUCUCCCCUGUCACACCAUCUAUCCAAGGUUCAAACAGCGGAAACAAUGUGCCUAAAUCUCAUAAGCUUCCCUCAAGUUAUCACACGUCUCCUGAAUCUGGGGCACUAGUUUUACCAUACUAUGUGGAGUCUCCUAGUUCCCCAACGAAUUCAAUGAGCAUCAACACAUUCGAAGAGGCAAGAGAAGAACUAUCUAUGAUCCCCUAUGAUCAAGACCAAGCUUUGCUAAAACUGGACUCAUUUUCACCGGGAUGGGACGGGUUUCCUGACAUAUGUAAUCUCAGCCCCUUGACAAGCCUUUCACCAAGUACCACUCACCCUUCCUCAUCUAAGAUCAAAGAACCCAAGAUUAUACAAAAAAAAGUGUUUCCUUGGCGAAGCUCACCAGCCACUCCAUUGCCCCAUUUUGCUGAGAGAAAGAUUUUUUCAGAGCCAGACUCCGAAAGUGUACUUCCUAACAUUCGGGAAGAUGAUAUUCCGCAGGAGAUUUCAGACGAACGCUUGCCCAUAAAGUCUGUACAGGCGAGCUCUCCUAAACAGAAAAGAGUAUCUCCACCCCAGAGACGGCUACAUGGAACAAGAUCGAGCUCGUCGCCUAGUCUGAGAAGUGGUAGGAAAUUUAUUUUGCAGUCGGUUCCUUCAUUUCCUCCGCUUACUCCCUAUAGUAAAAACAAUAGAGGGCAAGGUUCAUGAUGAAGCUUUUAAUUCAUUGCAGGUGGUUUUCCUUUGGUGUCUAUGUGAAAAAAAUAUGCUAGACGUGCCCAAUUAGGUGAAAUUUUUUAUCCUUAUCCGGUGCGCGCGUUAGAGCAUUGAGAGGACCCUCUGCUCUACCAACUGACCUAUCCCGACCAUUUUUGGUGAGUGUCCGAAAUGAGGCAAAAUCUGCAGCGGUUGAUCAACUUUGCAGAAUGUUACUGGAUUGGCUGACAGUGGUACCUUAUUAUGUCUAAAAUAGUUUAUAUUCUGCUCUCUGUCUUCUUUAUGUACUCUGCCUGAACACAAAGAAUUCUUUUUAGAUGGUAUGUAAUUGCAGAUAGCAUUUGACAGUUUAAUAUCAACUGAUUUAUUUCUCUUCGA